AUUUGCGUAAGUACCUUGACGUCUGACGUAUCAUGAUGUGAACAUCAUGGCGGCCAGAGCGUUAGGAUCAGUCCUGCGGAAAAAUGCCGGAUUUCUCGGUGCGGGCAAGUUACUGGCGCCGAAUAAUGCACCGGCAAUCGUCAAUGUCCAACAUCGCAAUGCCCACCAAUGGAAUCCGGAUAAAGAAUUUUUGGAGCAUUGGAGCAAGCCGCUUGUGUACUGCAACGAGCAGAUCGAUUGGAAGCCACCAAGACCUGAAUCCAUGAUCGCACAUCCGUCUGUAGCGCAACAAACUAUAGAGAACAUAAAGAUCAACUUUGGCCCGCAGCAUCCCGCUGCUCACGGUGUACUCCGACUGAUUCUGGAACUGGACGGCGAAAUUGUCGUCAGUGCAGAUCCGCAUAUCGGUCUCUUGCACCGUGGCACAGAAAAGCUGAUCGAGUAUAAGACCUACAUGCAAGCGUUACCAUACUUUGAUCGUUUGGAUUAUGUGUCCAUGAUGUGCAAUGAGCAGUGCUUCUCUCUGGCGAUAGAGAAGUUGCUCAACAUAGAUGUACCUCUGCGCGCAAAAUAUAUUCGAGUUCUUUUUGCGGAAAUCACAAGGAUUCUGAAUCACAUUAUGGGCAUUGGAACACAUGCAUUGGACAUUGGUGCUCUUACACCCUUUUUUUGGAUGUUUGAAGAGCGUGAGAAACUGAUGGAAUUUUAUGAACGCGUGAGCGGCGCUCGCAUGCAUGCAGCAUAUAUACGACCCGGCGGAGUUUCACUUGAUUUACCAUUGGGUUUAAUGGAUGACAUAUACAACUGGGCCUCAAAAUACUCGGGAAUAAUAGAUGAGAUAGAGGAUUUAUUGACAGAAAACAGAAUCUGGCGACAACGUACGAUUGAUAUCGGUGUUGUAUCUGCAGAAGAUGCGCUUAAUUGGGGUUUCAGCGGCGUUAUGUUACGAGGUUCUGGAAUAAAGUGGGAUCUAAGGAAAGUUGCACCUUACGACGCUUACGAUUUGAUCGAUUUCGAUGUUCCAGUUGGUACAAACGGUGAUUGCUACGAUAGAUAUUUAUGCCGCAUCCAAGAAAUGCGUGAAUCUCUGCGCAUCAUUCAUCAGUGCCUAAAUAACAUGCCCGCAGGUGAAGUACGGUGCGAUGAUGCCAAAAUAGUGCCACCGCGGCGGGAAGAAAUGAAAACUAGCAUGGAGGCACUUAUUCAUCACUUCAAGUUGUUCACCCAAGGUUUCCAGGUGCCACCUGGAGCAACAUAUACUGCAAUUGAAGCACCAAAAGGCGAGUUUGGCGUUUAUCUUGUGAGCGACGGCAGCAGCAAGCCAUAUCGGUGCAAAAUCAAAGCGCCAGGCUUUGCUCAUUUGGCGGGUCUGCAAUAUAUGGGACCUAAGCACUUCCUCGCCGAUAUAGUUGCCAUCAUCGGUACACUAGACGUAGUAUUUGGCGAGAUCGAUAGAUAAGUGCUUUAAUGGUCAAUAGUAAUUUGUAUAGUAUAAACGUAUAUCUUAAAAAUAAGGUAAGAAAAUUGUCUAUAUAUCUUAUAUAUAUAAAAGCGCGAUACAUUUCUAUGUGUGAUACAUAUUUAUGUGUAAUCGCGCAUAGCGCAUAUGACUAUACAGUAAGCAUAUAAAUAUUGUAUAUAUCUCGUCGCAAUAAAAAAAAUGUGACGAAAAUAUAUAUAUCUAUAAUGCCUAUCAUUGUGUUUCGAAUAAUACCGCAUUUAAAUGCCGAAUAUAUGUAUAUCGGUCGAA